AUGUUCCGAGCAGCUGCGAAGAAAGUGUGCGAGUUGGUGAUCGACAUUUGUGGAUCUUUUGUGUCAGACGCCGUCGGAAAUCGGAAUUCUCCCGGGAACAAUGAAGCUGCCAUGGCAAGAUCACAGUGCUGCGACGCUCCGCCGCCGAAGCGCUCCAAGCGCCUGCAGGAGAAGUGCUCGUCGCCGCGCGGGGGCGGGCCGCCGCCCACGCCCGUGCCUCGCCCGCCGCCCUCGGCGCCGGUGUCUCGGCGCACGCCGUGCGAGGCACCGCCCACGCCGCCGCCGACCGCCGCCCGCCACCGCCACCUCGGCGUCGGAGACGGCGGCCCGUCGUCGUCCCCGCCGUCGACGUCGGUGGCGGCGGCGGCCGGCGCCACCAGCUGGAAAGCAGCGUGUCGCCCGUGUGCCAGCUGUGGCGCGACCUGUCGCGGCGCGCGUUGCCUGCGCCGCGAGCUGGCCCUGGAGGGCGCGUGCGUGGACACGGCGGCGGCGUGCGAGCUGCUGCGCGGCUGCCCCAACCUCGAGGAGCUUGGUGAUCGCCGGCCGGAGGACGACCCGAGCCUGCUGCGCCGCGUGGCAGCGCACAACCACGAGCUGCGCCGGCUGGCCAUCAAGCGGUGCAACGGGUCGCCCGUGCGGCCCUACCUCGCCGCGCACAUCCUCAACAAGCUGCUGCGGCGCUGCCCGCGCCUCGUCGACCUCACCAUCAAGCAGUCCACCUUCCGGAGCAACAAGUUCUUCCGCGACUUGGGGGUCAUGCUGCCGGACAUCCGCCGCCUCAACCUCAACUUCAGCUCGUCGUUCGGCUCGGACGCGCUCAAGAUGAUCGCGCUGCACUGCGGCAAGCUGGAGGAGAUCCGUGCGUUGCGUAAGCGCACGCCCAACUCGACGGUGCCGCACUGCUGCGACCAGGACAUCGUGCUGCUGGCGCAGCGGCUGUGCGGCACGCUCAAGGUGCUCAAGAUCGACGGCGCCAUGCUGUCGGACGAGGGCGUGUCUGCGCUGGCGCAGUGCGUGCACCUGCGCACGCUGUACGUGCGCCACGCGUACAGCAUCACGGAUUCGGGCGCGGCGCAGCUGGCGCGGCUGCGCGCGCUCGAGUCGCUCGACCUGACCGGCAUGGGCCAGGUGUCGCCCGGCGGGUGGGCGCGGCUGUUCGCCGACAGCUCGUGGGCGCAGAUGCGCCGCCUGUCGCUGGCGCUGUGCCUGACGGUCAACGACGACACGCUGCGCCAGGUGGCGCGCGCCUGCCCCAACCUGGUCAAGCUCAUCCUGGCCGGGUGCAUGCACGUGACGGAGGACGGGCUCACGUCGGUCAUCCAGUCGUGCACCAAUCUCGAAAGCCUCAACAUCUGCCUGGCACACGUGUACGUGUUCAGCAGUUUUGUUUGGAUCCCUACCCACACUCCUAAUCUGAAGCGGCUAGUGUAUCAUCCGUACGGGUUAGAGGAGGAAAAUUUAAUAUUAAAGUUUCUCGGUGAUACCCUUCCCGAUUUGGAGAUUAUACGUGUGGAUCACCCAGUAGAAGGAAUAAUUCGGGAAAUAUAA